CCUCUCUCCUCUCCUCCUCGCCCAACAGCCCAACAUGUUCCGUCACCCUAUACGGGUCAACCUGCCACGGUCGGCAGUCUCUGUGCUCAAGCGAGGAGCCCACGACCUGCUCACUUACUCCAAUCGCCCUCCCGCACUGCGCAAAGGAAUCGAAGGCCGCAGCGCCAUCUCAGGCCAUACAAUAACAGUAUUUGGCGCUUCUGGCUUCCUAGGAAGGUACAUCGUCUCCAAGCUUGCAAAAAGCGGGAGCAGCGUUGUAAUUCCCUACCGGGACGACUACGAUAUCCGCCACUUGCGGGUGUCUGGAGACUUGGGUGCAGUGGUUCAGCUGGAAUGGGAUUUGAGGAACGAGCAACAGAUCGCCGAGUGCUUGCGCCACUCUGAUACGGUUUACAACCUCGUUGGGCUGGAUUACGAAACCAAGAACUUCAAGUGGAAAGACGUGCACGUCGAUGGCGCAGCCCGCAUCGCACGCAUCGCAAGGGAGAACAACGUCGCCCGGUUCGUCCAAGUGUCGCACCUGAACGCCUCUCCCACCAGCACGAGCCACUACUACAGAGCGAAGUACGAGGGGGAGCAGGCCGUGUUGGGCGAGUUCCCGGACGCGGUCAUCGUACGUCCUAGUGCAAUGUACGGGCAUGAAGACAGGUUCUUGAACCAACUGGGAUUCUGGGAUAUGACGUUCAAGUUCAAUGGCGAGCAGACCAAGGUCCGACCUGUGCAUGUGAUCGACGUCGCCGAGAUCCUCUACCGGAUGCUGGACAUGCCCGUCCUCCCCUCAAACCCUGUCAAUCUCCCCGGCCCGACGACCUACACCCAUGAAGAGCUGCUGAACCUCGCCCGCCGCGUGACAGACAACCCCUACCGCUCUAUUGCGAUCCCGAAAAGCAUCGCCAAGUUCACGUCCAACAUCCUGCAGUACGCUAUCUGGUGGCCCUGGUUCUCACCGGACGAGAUUGAGAGGAGGUGUAUUGACGAGCUGGAUGUGGAAGGGGAUUGGGACAAGUUUGGUAUCACACCUACUGAGCUGGAAGAUGUGGCUAUCGCCUACCUGCGGAGGUUUAGGGAUGCGACGAAAAUCGACUAUAACAGCCCGCUGGAGACGGCAAAGGCGAAACGAAGGCAAAAUGCUUACUACUCCGAGCCUUCCGAGUCGUCGUAGUUUGCUCGUAGAAAGUUUCUACGUAUAUAAUGAAUUGUAAAA